CAGAGAGAAAGGGAAGGUUAGAUAUAGGUCUAAGCAGCCUCCCUGGCUUCCUGGCUGCUCAGGAGCUAACAGGGGAGUAGGAGCUAUGCUAGGUUGGCCCGCACCGGCUACUGGGGGCUGGCUAACUACAUUAGCUAAUGAUUGGUUUUCCAUGGUGCAGAGCCAUGCUUCCAAUUCUUUGAGCCUUGCCUCCAACAUUGCAAAUGAACAACAUUUAUUACACAUACCAUUAUCAUUAAAGGCAGAGGAGGCAGAGGAAUAGCUAAACAUAUGACACACAGAGCAAGAGAGAGCAGGAGGGAGAGUGGGAAGCCAUCGUUAACUGCUUAGUUAGCUGCUAAACUAACAGCUGAGCUAAAACUGUGGGAUUAGCGAGAAAAGUUGCUAAAAGAAGGAGCGAGCUAAGAGUGAUAAUUAUCUUUAUAUAUUUAGAAAUUUUUAAUGUAUUACAAAGUCAAGAGGUUGUGAUAUGUAACACAACAAGCUAGCAAAGAUCUGUAAACUAAACCACGUUCCCAUGCAUACGCAGUGGCAUCUGCCAUACAAGGAACUUCUCUCCUGAGAGCUACAGUCUUAUCGCUGUUAUUACUCUUUGGAGCCGUUUCUAAACAAAUGACCGUAAUCACUCUCACCAGGGGAACAUGUCACCCAGUGCAGUGGUGUUUUGACAUGUUUUUAUUAGUUUUUGGACAACAAUGGAGGUCUAUGGCACAGAGGGAAUACCAUUAUCAGAAUUUGAAUACACGCACAAUACUUGUGAGUGGGAUGUGUUCAUUGUUGGUUUGACUCUGCACAUGAGAUUUGUUGACAAAAAAAAUAGAAAAUUGCAAGCCUUAUCCUUUAAGCUUGUCAGCCUAUCAACUACUCUAUUGAGCCAUCCGUGGUGCUGUGUUAAAUAUAAUUCUUGUAGAUGACAUCCAGGCCAUGACCAUGUACCAGGUGUAAAUGAAACGCCUGGUCACGAUGCCUGUCACAUGGUCUAUGUUAAUCAGCACCGGACGCCAUGGUGAAGGUGUGGUUACUGACGUGUGACUGCACUAAAACCAGGCAAAACGACGUUCCAUAGAGGGGUUUUGUGAUCUCACUGUGUUUCCUGUUCCUUGCGCAAUUUCUCUGAAGACUCCAAAGAACAGUCAGCUCUAACCCACAACCACGUAGGCUUCCUUUAACACUUGACUCAGCUUAGAGGGAAAUCUAUAGAUGGCUUAAAGUAAGAAUGUCUCUUCCUGUUAGUGAACUCAGUCCUCGCCUGGUGAUGUUGUGAUAAUCGGACUUUUGUUUCAAAUGAGAGAAACUCACACUCCUCUUAAGUGGGUUGUUUGAUCACCUCAAGGUCUAAUCUUCCAACAUGGACUUUGUCUUGGCUUUCUCACUGGGACUUGCCUUACUUUCUAUUAGAGAGAGUUACACUGAGGGGACAGAACAAACCAAUACAUCAUGUUAUGAAAAGUGCCCACCUGGAUAUCAUAAAGAAAGUGACUGUGAUGAUCCUGUUGGACAGUUCAGAUGUAAAAAAUGUGAUGCUAACACAUUCACAGAUAUAGAAAACUCCAUAUUGAGAUGUGAGAGGUGCGACACAUGUGAGAAAUCUGAGGAGCAAAUAAAGCCCUGCUCCUUUAACAGUAAUGUGGUGUGUGAGUGUAAAACGGGAUACUACAAUGAAGCUACUCAAACUGACGACAGGCGGUGUGUUCAAUGCCCCACUAAAGGUUGUAAAGAUGGCAAAGGGAAGCAGCAGCCUAACAGGGCUUGUAAGAACUGUCUGAAAAACUCAGAAUGCAAGAAGAUAUGUCUAUCAAAUACAACUACAUCCACAACUACAACUGCAACUACAACUGCAACUACAUCCACAACUGCAACUGCAACUACAUCCACAACUACAACUACAACUACACCCACAAGUACAACUACAUUUAUGAAUACGGCAUCUUCAAACAACACACCAUCGACUCCUGAUAUCGUCCCAGUUCCAAGUAACUCAGUGAACUAUUUGACCUUGAUGUUUCUCGUGUUGGUUGUGGUGACAAUUACGGGGCUUUUUUGGCUCCUGUUCUCCACCCUCUUCAUCAGGAACCUGCUCAGAUACUCAGACGUUUGUCCCUGCUGGGACACAAACAAAGACCUGGAGCCGCCUGCUGAGGACCCCAUAUUCAAUGAACAACACAGUCAUCAAGGCUGCAGCCCGACCACACUGACAUUGAACAUAUCUGAGGAAACUCCCAUGAUGACUCUCAGUCAGAGUCCAGAACAUCCAGCCCACAUCGGUCUUCUAGUGCCAGACACUGAACACAAAGCUGCCAGACAAAAGGUGCAAUCAAAGCACUGGCCGGCCAUCGUCCUCUACGCGAUUAUUAGGGAGGUUCCUCUGCGUAGGUGGAAGGAGUUCCUGCGCCUGCUCUCAGUGGCAGACCAGCAGCUGGAGCGGGUGGAGCUGGAGGCUGGCAUGGGUCUGGGUUUUACCGAGAGGCAGUACCAGAUGCUGAGGCUGUGGAGCCAGCGCUCCUCUGCGAGCCUGAACGAUGUCUUCUCUGCCUUGCACUACAUGGAUUUAUCUGGCUGUGCCCAGCUGCUGCAGGAAAGCCUGGAGAAGCUGCAGUGGCAGCCUGAACCGAUGCAUUGACAGCCUGCAGACGUUACACAGACCAUGGUUUCAGUGGAGCAACGCAGGACACCUGAGGCUGAGGCUGCACCUGGAGACACAAGCACAAUGAGAAACAAGAGUGCUUCAAUCAUGGACGGAAGUGCGUAGGGCUAGAAACUUCAAGUUCCCGGAAAGGACUGAACCAUAGCCACUAUAUGGUACAACCACAGGAAAUUGCAAUAAUGUCACAAAUGAUCCAAAGCUGAGUAAAGGAGAUGUAUAACACAAUGUAGCUAAGAGUUUAACGGCAUUAGGGAGCACUAAGGAGAUCCUGAUAGGCCCAACUGCAAUUGGAAUAUUUCCUCUUUUCCCACUUCUUUUAAUUGAUAUAAAUCAUCAAAUGCAUUUCAGAUGAGUGUGUAAUAUGUCUUUUCUUGAGUCUUCAUUGAGUUGAGCUUUAUUUUGAUCCAAAUUGACACUUUGAAUGCAGAUUGCACACAUAAAGAAAAUAAUAGAUAGGUUGCAGUGCAGAAUCAACUGUAGAACUGGAACUUGGAUCAUGAAGUGGCUUCAUCAAAAGCAUGUUGACGACAGUGUAGUAUCUUUAAGGACAUCACGGCCUGUUAACAUUUAGGGAGUGCUGAAUUUUCUAGUAAUCUAGGCGUGGGAAAAAUGACUUAAAAAAUUAUUCAGGGAAAUCCCCCUUCUCUUAGCAAUACUGUUAAAGCGCAAUGUUUAGUACCUCACCCUUCAGCUUCUAGUGUGGUGACACGUAAAAGCUAACAGUCGAGGGUUGUGGUUUCACAGCACAGUGUUGAAACGUACAUGUGCGAAACUCAGUCAUUGUGUGUGUGCGGUAAACAAGGAGAAAACUUCCUUUUUUGAAUUCCAAAGAGGUGUUUCAUACUUCCAGAGAAGUGGUGCUUAGCUUGCAUUUUACUAGUCAAAGUAAAGGCUCUUCUUCAGUUUAAGUGUUUAAACUGUGUGAACAUUUCAGUGUACAUCUAUGAUGAUUUUACCACACCCGACAUCUCCUUCGUGUCUUUUGACAUGAAAGUCUGGUAAUAACAACUCAGCCACUGAUUCUUGCUGAGCACCUUUGCAAACGAAGAAAACAGAAAUCCCCACAGGACGUCAGAUUUUCUGUUCUCUGCAAUGAAAUGGUGUCAACAUGCAGUAGGCCGGGUUUUUCCUCACCACAUAUUCUAUCCUAACUAAUGGUUUCCUCUGGUGGUGUUGGGGUAUCUCACUUUGAGAGUGUUGUGUGUCAACUCAAUAACCGACAGUAAAGGAUUUAGACUUUCCAAUUAAUGGAGUUUAAUAAUGAAUGUUUUAAUGUGAAUCUAUGGAUUCUGGCUUUGGGCCAGCUGAGACAUAUGUGUGUGUAUAUAUUUUGUUAUUACUUUUAAUUCUCUCAAACUGUUCAUGGAUUCCUGCAUAUUUUGUUACAAAUCUCAAUGAGUGGAUUUAUCAUACGGAAAAUGUCAAGGUUAGGAAUUGUAUCCUCACUGGAGUCACAAAUUGUACAAAUAUAUGGCGGUGAGGUACUUUUAAAGCCUGAGUAUCAUGAGUAAAACUCUUAGCCACAAGGUGGGAGUGUUGGCUGAGUGUCUGAACAGCAGCAGCUGGUGUGCAGUUUUGAGCACACAAAGAAAAUGUAGGCAGGGUGCUUGAAUAGCUUUUAUUCUUGAGGUGGAUUAGACCAACCUCAUGAAUUGCAAAUUCUGCUUCAGCACAAAGAACAGCUGUCCUGCAUUGUCCAUUUCUCCUGGACGGAAAAAAAUAGAUUCUAUACAGAAAGACAUUUAUCAUAUUCACAAUAUGUUAAGAGAUGUGCUAGACAACAUCUGAAAUUCUGAUAGCAUGUGUAAAUAAACACUGGGAUGAUAAACAUUGCAUCGUACCAACACAUGUUGAUAUGCUGCCAGCUAACUUUUUUUUUUACAGAUGUACAGGAAUACAGCAUUUUGAUAGACCCUUCAAUUCACAAUUUAAAUUGCUUUUCCAUGCUGAUGUUUGA